GUAGCUAUGGUUCUAAUUCUACUGGUAGCCAUUCCACUGCUGGUCCACACGAGCAAAGGGGGAAACACAGCAAGCGAAGGAAGCCAUUAUGAAAUGCUCGAAAGCUGCAGGAUGGUCUGCGAUGCCUACACCACCUCUCAGCGAGGCCAGGAAUUAACAGCCGUGUCUCCGCCACCCCAGGACUACUCUGGGAAGAAGAUCAGGUCUGGCAUCCGAGGACCACCAGGGAUCCCCGGGCCCCCAGGUGCGCGUGGGCCACCUGGGGACCCGGGCAAGCCAGGGCCGCAGGGUCCCCCGGGUCCCGGUCCUGGAGGCUAUUCUCCCUCCCUAUACACUCCCAAAAUUGCCUUUUAUGCGGGGCUCCGCAAGCAGCACGAGGGGAGCGAAGUACUGAAAUUUGAUGAUGUGGUAACCAACGUAGGUAACUACUACGAGCCCAGUACUGGCAAGUUCACCUGUCCGCUGCCUGGCAUAUACUUCUUCACCUACCAUGUGCUCAUGAGAGGGGGCGAUGGCACCAGCAUGUGGGCGGACCUGAAGAAGAAUGGACUGGUAAGAGCCAGCGCCAUCGCUCAGGACGCCGAUCAGAAUUACGACUACGCGUCCAACAGUGUGAUCUUGCAUUUGGACGUGGGCGAUGAGGUGUGCGUGCAGCUGGACGGCGGCAAGGUCCACGGGGGCAACACAAACAAGUAUAGCACCUUCUCUGGAUUCCUCAUCUACCCAGACUGA